AUGGAUUUUUCCAAUACUCUUUCGGAAAUUACGAACCAUUGCAUGCUUCAUUUCCAAUCCAUUAAGCUCAAAUCAGCAAUCGUAGAUGCUAUUUCAAGUUGUCUUCACUUACCAGACAACUCAAAUAUACUAAUCGAAGGCACUUUAACGCUUGAUAUUAAUGGAGCAACCGCGCCAAUUGCAUUGACAUUUGGUGAUGGUGCCAACUCGGAGGCAAGUUCACAAACACGUCGAACGCCAUCAAAGCGUAAAGCCUAUAGACCCGUUAAAUUUACGGGACAACAAGCAACACCCUGCUCUGAUCAGUUGCUAAAUGAGGAGCGACUUUCGUUUUCUGAAUCUAUUACUCCCACUUCAAUGAAAGACUGUGCUCUGGAUCUUACAAAAGGAGCCCCUGUUCCUUCACCUCUUCAAGAAACUCCAGUGAAACCCGAUAGCGUUCUCGUUAAUGAGGUCAUGAGGCUUUUCCAGUCAAACCUUUUCCCUUCUUCAGGCUUAAUACUAAAUCAUUCAACAUCAACUCCUCCAGCUAUAUCGACUGCCAUAAAAUUUGAAUCAUCUUCUUCUGCUACUACUCCGAAGAGACGAAGAGAAGUUAGUGGAACACCAGUUCGAAAAUCAUGCGAAGUUCGUCAGUUUAGGUGCAAUCAGUGUGACGGCCUAUUUAACUCACUUCGAGAUCUCGAAUGCCAUACUCUUGUUGUUCAUUCUGGAUUUAGAUGCCACUUGUGCAAAAAGUCAUUUACUCAACGCUCUAAUCUACAACGACAUGCUCUUAAACAUGUUGAUUUCAAGCCAUUUGAGUGCAUUUUAUGUGAAAAGGCCUAUUAUCGAAAGGAUCACUUAAUGAGACAUAUGCAGAAAACUCAUCCCUUCCAUCCUGUUGGGGAGGGUAUUCGCGUCAAAUUGAGGUCCUCUCAAAGUCUUGAUUACCUUCGACAAAUAAACGAAGAUUAUCCAGCCACAAAUGCUGCUAUUCACAAUGGGAAAACCAACAGUGAAUCAUGCAAAAUGGUCAAUAGCAAGAUUUCUGAAAGUGGAGAAUUAACAGCAAUGGAAACCGACACUAAUGCCACCGAGUCUCCGGCUAAGACGUCCUCUGAUUUCCUUUCAGAUGAAUCAAAUCCUCCAAAUGUAUAUGAAUUAACUCUUCCCAGUUCACCCCAUUAA